GCUGGAGACUGAGGAGAGAGUCGGAGGGAGCCAUGCCUCUGUGUUCGAGUAGGACUACUUUUUUCUUGAUAGAAGUUCACUAUGAUAACUUUAGUCACUCAGACAACUGUUUUUUCUAAAAUGUUUGUUCACGGUGUUUGGUACCACCGGUUGAAUUGGAUUAUAGGAAUGCUGCGGUGAAAGCUCCAAACUUUUCCUUUCUCCGCGGGAGCGCAGCACAAUGGGCUCACAGCACAGGAAGCGCCGCGGAGGACAGGGGCCGCUAUUCAGCCUUUGCUUCUAUCUGGCCUGCCUCUGCUCCGCGUCCGCUCAGCUCAGCUAUUCCGUGUCGGAGGAACUAAGCCCGGGCUCCAUCGUUGGGAAUAUCGCGAAAGAUUUGGAUCUUACAGCACAGCGGAUUGUUCAGAGAAAUUUACGUGUUGUUCCGGACUCUCCUACCCAGUAUUUUGAGGUAAAUCAAGCAACUGGCGACUUGGUGAUAAAGCAACAAAUUGACAGGGAACAACUUUGCGAGUUAAGUCCAGCUUGCUCACUGACUCUUCAGAUGCUUUUGGAAAAUCCUUUGGAAAUGCUGCGUGUGGUGGUGGAAAUCCUGGACGUGAACGACAACGCACCGCACUUUACAACCACAAAUAUUUCUUUGGACAUAUCAGAGGCGGCUUCACCGGGUACAAGGUUUCGAUUGGAGAGCGCACACGACCCAGACGUGGGUACAAAUUCUUUACGCACGUAUCACCUUGCAGCCAAUGACUUAUUUAUUUUAAAUGUAGAAACUAAAAGUGACGGUAGCAAAUUCCCAGAGUUGGUGGUGGACAAACCUCUGGACAGAGAGACUCAGGCCUCGUUCCGCUUGUUACUCACAGCUGUGGAUGGGGGUCAGCCGGAAAAAUCCGGCUCCACGCUAUUACUCAUUAAAAUCUUGGAUGUAAAUGACAAUGCGCCCGUUUUUGACGAGCCAGUCAAGAAAGUGACACUGUUGGAGAAUGUGGCACCAGGCACUUUAGUAACUAAAUUAAAUGCCACAGACUCAGAUUCAGGCAGUAAUGGAGAGGUAUCAUUUCUGUUCAGCAAAUACACGCCCCCACGUGUCCUCGAACAUUUUACUGUAGAUGCCAAAAACGGGGAAAUCCGUGUGAAGCGCGAUGUGGAUUAUGAGAAAGCCACCUCUUAUCACAUUACAAUUCAGGCAAGAGAUGGAGGCUCACCUGCCAUGGAGGGCUCGUGUAACGUCAUAGUGGAUAUCAUUGAUGUCAAUGAUAACGCGCCUGAGGUCACACUGACAUCCCCCAUCAGCCCAAUCAGAGAAGACGCAGCCCCAGACACCGUCAUAGCUCUUCUAAGCGCUAGAGACCUAGACUCUGGUCCCAAUGGAAAGGUCACUUUGACUGUACAGCAAGGUUUGCCUUUCAAACUUUCUGCAACUUUUGGGACUCACUACAGGUUGACCACAGCCAGGGCCCUGGACCGAGAGACUGUACCUGAGUAUACAGUAGUCAUUAAGGCUACUGAUGCAGGAUCACCACCACUGACAUCACAAACUACCUUUGUGGUCAAGUUAACUGAUGUCAAUGACAAUGCCCCUACCUUCUCUCAGAGCUCAUACUCUGUGGACAUUCCUGAAAACAAUGCCCCUAGUGCCCCCAUUACCAUUGUAACAGCCACGGACCCAGACCUAGGAGAAAAUGCCAAAGUCUCCUACUCUAUCCUCCCUUCCAUGAUUCAGGGCUCACCCAUCUCGUCUUAUGUCUAUAUUAACCCAGAAAGUGGGCAUAUCUUUAGCAUGCGCUCUUUAGAUCACGAACAACUCAAUGCUUUCCGUAUUGAGGUUCAAGCGCAGGACGCUGGGGUGCCCCCAAGGACAGCUAAUGUCACGGUGCAUGUAUUUGUAGUAGAUGUCAACGACAAUGCCCCCAUGCUGGUGCACCCCUCCUAUCCAAAAGACAAAGGCCUGCAGCUCUCUGUGCCCCCCUCUGCGGGUCCUGGGCACCUUAUAACCAAACUGGUAGCUGUAGAUGCUGACAGUGGCCAUAAUGCAUGGUUGUUCUACUCCAUUGCACCUGGACCACAUGUGGGCAUGUUUCGUAUAGCAGCCCAUAGUGGUGAACUUCGCAUUGCCCAUAAAUGGGCUGAAGAGGAGGCGGGACUAUCUUACCACAUUACAGUCGUCAUCCAGGACAAUGGUGACCCGCCCAAAUCUACAUCUGUCAACAUCACUGUAACUGUUGAUGAGAAGAGCCUAGUCAAUGAUGCUCCAGUGGUUCCCCGCCACAAACCCUUCUACCACCACUCUGGGAUGCCAAACAUCACUUUGUACCUCAUCAUAUCUCUGGCCUGUGUGUCUGGAGUUUCUUUCAUCACAUUUGUGGUGCUGAUGGUGCGCUGCCUCCGGCACCGGAGCCCAGGACUGGGUGGUUCUGACUGCUGCUGCUUCGAGCAGAGAUCUAGCCGCUAUCAUCAGAGACCUAGCAAAGACCUUCACUUACAGCUUAAUACAGAUGGACCUAUACGAUAUAUGGAGGUGGUGGGUGGCCCCCAGGAGCCUCACACACGCACUUACAGGCCCUGCUACUCCACCUUAUCAAGCAGAAGUGACUUUGUAUUCAUGAAGACACCCAUGCUGAGUCACAACAACACACUCAACAUGACACUCAGCAGGCAGCACCUUAUGAACUCUGUGAGUGAGCAAAAACCUCCCCAAAACGACUGGCGCUUCACACAGGGACAAAGACCAGGACCUAGUGGUCCCCACAUGCCAUACGGUACACAAAUUCGAUGGACGCCGAAGAGUGGGACAAGGGCCACUGGAGGACCAGAGGUUGCCAUGGGAACAGGGCCCUGGCCUCAACCCCCGACCGAAGCGGAACAGCUCCAGGCUCUGAUGGCAGCGGCUAAUGCAGUGAAUGAGGCCACCGCCACUUUGGGCCCCGGUACCAUGGGAUUGAGCACCCGCUACAGCCCCCAGUUCACCCUCCAGCACGUGCCCGAUUACCGGCAGAACGUGUACAUCCCGGGCAGCACUGCCACGCUCACCUCCAACCCACAGCAGCAGCAGGCCACUGCCCAACAGGCCACCCAGCAAGCUCUACCCCCUCCCCAGGUCUCAGCCCAGCCUGAGCCCCCCAAGGCUGCCCAGACCCCCGCCUCCAAGAAGAAGUCCACUAAAAAGGAAAAGAAGUAGAGCUGGACAAAGUGAUGCCAAUUGCUCAAAAUGAUCUGAUGAAAACGUGGCCCCUCAUACCUCUCCACUCUCUAUCUCACUGGCUCAUAUGAUGGAGGAGGUUUCACAUGUUUACCAAAUCAUGCUGCGCUCAAGGUCAUGUCUUGCUCAUAUAAAUGUUGUCAGCAGAUAUUGUAGGGAGGGUAUGGGGGGUUGUUAUGAUUAAACCUUUUAUUUUGGAAGUUUCCUUGCUGGAACAAUGAGGCUACAUGUGUUGUAUUGAGAGAUGUCUAUUGGAUGUUGGGUUUAUUCUGCUCUUUCCAUAACCUGGAAAGCUCACUCCUGUAAAGUAGUUGCCAUUCAUUAGAUUCUUGUAUAGGCUUGGCCAAAUUGGAGCUUUAAGGGGCUCAUGUGGAUAUGACAGGUAUUAAAUCUCUAUUGCAUGCUCUUUGAGGUUCAAACCACAUAUACUAGUUCAGUGUUUCAAACUAUGCAUUGCAAAAGCAAAAUAAUGGGGGCCUUCCGAGUCUAGUACCCCCCUCCAAUCGCAGGUCAACAGAAUGCACAUGUAGCAUUUACUUGACACAAUGUACUUUUGUAAUCAUAGUUGAAAAAGAUAAGAUUUUGAUAUUUUUAUGACCUGAGCAUGCACCCAGAAGAGGGCUGACAGAGGGCAGGGGAGUAAUGUCCCGUACAGGUGACAUAUGGCCUAACAUCUCCAGAUGGACCCCAGCCCUCCUCCCCCCUCUUCUGUCCACACCCAGCUUGUGCCCCUACUCACUACUACCCCAUGUCGAGAGCCAAAUGAUGGGAAAUGCACUGUUGUUUUUGGGGAACUAUAAUGUAUGGGAUAGUAAUCACUUUACAUAGGCAAACACUUAGAUGUGAUGAAACUUAAGUGCUUAGGAGUUUUUAGACACCUUGUAGGCUGCUAGGGCCUCACAGCCUCGCUCCCUCACUACCCUGAAGUGCUCAAGAGAUGUCUUUUUUUGACACGCUUCUCUUUGGGAGAUUCAAUAGCAUAGAGGAAGUGUUUGUACAAGAUAUGAAGUCUUUGCUUUGCUGUCCUUCUGUCUGUCGGACGGGUCCUGAUGGGAGCACAUGACUGGUGCACUGACUGAAGGAAGUGUGAUUUCACCUCGGGCUGGGGCGCAACUAGGCUCUAACCGCUGAAUGUACAGAGGAUUUGCUGUGGACCCAUUGCCCUUAACUAAAUCAAUACUAAUGCUAAUUAGGUAGUGGUCAAAAGAGCCCAGCACAGCAGUAGACCACAAACCACUGUCUCCGAUACAGCUCAGAAGGUGCACCGCUCAUUUCGCUCCCUGCCCUGUCCCGUCCGAGGCUCUCCCCACUGUAAAUACCACUCCACUUCUUUGUCGAUGGUAUGAGCCACUUUGUAGGGACCACGUCUGACAGUUACAAAAGAAAAGUCCCCUUCACAAGGCGUGGCUUACUACUGGAAUGUGUUGCAUUUUGUUUUUCAAGAAAAUGAAGAAAACCACUGAGGAAAAAAAAAAAAAUCAUUAAAAAUCUAAGAUGUUCUUCAACCGUUUGUGUUGCAAUGUAGUAACUAAGCACCAUGAAAGCCAACUAACUCUUCAAUGUAAAUAAACAAAUAAGAGAAGUUUAGAUACGUAAACCAAGUGACACAUGUAGACUAGUUAACUUGUGAUAUGUGUUGAACAUAUUUUUGUGUUUCAUUUUUUUCUCUGUACUAUCUUUUAUCACCCAGAAAAAGACAAAACAAAAAAUAUGGAGAUUUCUAUCCUUCUGUAACCUCUUAAUGUUCUUUUGCUGUGAUUUUCUCUUGUGCAUUUGUGAAAGAAUGCCUCUCAUUCUCUUUCUGUCCAUAUGAACAAAUUAUAAAUAUUAUAUAUGUGUACGUCCGUCGCUGCUCAGUUAAUACUGCUCUAUCCUGCUGUAUUAUCUUUCUUAUCAAAUGCUUAACCCUAAUGCUUUACCCCUGUGUUACUUAUUUUUAUGCUAAUAUUUAUAUUGCUGUUUUAUUUUCUCUUAAACACUGACAUUUCAAAUAAAAGAUUCUUUAAUCAA